AAACAUGGAAAGAUGUUCACAUUUUUCACACAUUUUCAAAUCAGCGAAUCAAAACAAGCCUUUUCAGAGGAGCUCUUUGACUUCAAGGCUCAAGCCGGUCAGAACAGGCGUUCCGCUCUUUCCAAACCCAGUGAGCGGGUUGGAGUGAGAUUUCGAUUGCCGCCACUCUUCUCUGUAUUUUCACACCGGCGAUCCAUGGCCGGAAAAUGGCUCCCGGCGGCCGAGCUCACCGCAAGCGGACGCCCAGUUCUCUGCCCCGGAGAAAUCGAGAGCUCCCUCCUCUCCUCCGUCGACCUUCAUUCUGAAGAAAACCCCAAUUUCCCCAACUUCAAGUCCGGCAUUCUCAUCCUCACCACUCACCGCCUCCUUUGGAUCUCUGACUCCGCCCCUGGCACUGCGACCGCGGUGGCCGUUCCUCUUGCUGCCAUUAACCACAUCUUCCCCCUCAAGAAGUCCAUCAAGUCUAUGUUCGCCUCCCCAAGGAUUCGCUUCCAGGUCUCCGCGGCCCCGGACGGCAAAGUGGAUGCCGGUGGAUCAAAUCUGGCCGUGAUCACGCUGGUGCUGAGAGGGAAGGGCGAUCACGAAGCUUUCGUGAGCAAGUUUUGGGAGGCGUGGAGGGCUCGGGCUUGGGAAAGCGAGACUCCGAAAUCGGGUUCGAGUUCGGGCACCGGAGGGUCUGGUUCGAGGGAGGGAGAGUCCGGGUGGUCUAGUAAUGGAUUGCGGUUGGCGGGGGUUUCGGGGAUUCUGAGGAAGGAGCAGGAGAUGUGGGAGAGCACAGAUAAGAGCUUGCAGGAGGCUUUUCAAGAUUUGAAUGCUCUCAUGAGUAAGGCUAAAGAGAUGGUGAUGCUAGCUGAGAAAAUGAGGCAGAAACUUUUAUCUGGUCCAACAACUCAACCUGGGGCAAAUGAUGAGGAAAUGGGUUCCAAACAAGAGAUGCAAGAUUGGAUGUUGAGUGUUGGUAUUGCAUCCCCAGUGACAAAAGAGUCUGCUGGUGCUCUUUAUCACCAACAACUUUCCCGCCAGUUGGCAGAUUUUGUCAAAAUUCCACUUGAGAAAGCUGGAGGAAUGAUUAAUCUUAUAGACAUCUAUUGUCUUUUCAAUCGCGCCCGUGGCACAGAAUUAAUAUCGCCAGAGGAUUUAUUACAAGCGUGCUCUAUUUGGGAGAAGUUUGAUGUGUAUGCACGACUUUAUUUUGAGCUGAUUCAUGUUGCACUAGGGUCAUAUAUUGAAUUUGAGAUUAUGAUGCAAAUGUGGAAACUAAUGGUUGUCAUUACUCAUGUCCAGAGAAAUUUAAUUGUCAGAGUUAUGGGCUCAUGUUUAGAUGUUUCUAGAAAUUUUUCUUAUUGUUUUUUGUUUGACAGUCCAGUGAUGCUUCGGAAGUUUGAUAGUGGAGUCAUGGUCAUCCAAAACAAGUCUCACACGGAUGAAGAGGUGUUUGCUAGGAUCAAGUCCCUUGCCCUCAAGCCUGAUGCUCUCAAAACUGGGUUGAGUGCAAGUGAUGCUGCAAUGACAUUAGGGAUUGCUCCAGCUAUGGCCAAGGAGCAUCUUCUAACUGCUGAGAGUAAAGGUUUUCUAUGCAGAGAUGUAAGCGCAGAUGGAUUUCAAUUUUAUAUUAAUUUCUUUCAUGAAAUUGAUCCAAGUGAUUUAUACUUUGUGAAAGAUUAUGGGAUCUAUGACACGUGGGUUAAGGCUGCCCUUGCUUCUUGGUGAGAGAUGCCCUGCCCCUAAAAUCCCUUUCUAUUUCUUUUCCUUCUUUCCUUUUGAUGCAAUGGAAAAAAGAACAAUUUUUAGGUGUGACCAAAAUACCAUUUUCUUUUAUAAAUGCUGAGAAUUUAAAGUCAGCUGAGGUGGUUUAUAUUCAUUUUUCUUGUCCUCUCAUUUCUUUAAUUUUCUUUCUUAAUUAUUAUUAUUAUUAUUAUUAUUAUUAUUAUUUUGUAUUUAAUGGUUAAGUUGGGAAUUGAGCACAGAUUCAAGGUCACGGAAUUGCACUGCGAAUUUAGUUCUCAUUGUUGGACCCCAGAAGAAAAGAUUUCAUUCACACUUAGGUGCUGUUAAAGCUGCCACCUGCUUUUAGUCAGAUUCAAUCCUACAUAUAUAUAAUGGAGGAAGGCCAGAGGCAAAAGCACACUGCUCAUUUGUAUGUAUUAGUUGUAUUAUAAACAAUGUUGAGCCAUUUUAUAGAGUUAGAAAAAGGGUGUGGGGUGGGGUGGUGUGGGAGGAAGCCUGCACUGGACACAUGUGACUGGGAAAAGAUGGUAUAUGCAUCCCACAUGGUUAAAUUUUGUUCAAUAAAGAAGCAUUUUGGUGCUUGCACCUUGUCGUGCAA